UAGAGCCAAGUUUAUUUAGUCGUGAAACUUUAUGUGCAUUCUAAAAGCAAAAUGAACCAAUGAACAAGUAAAAUACCAAACUAAUUCAAUUCACUUCCGGUUGAAAUUCAAGAUGGCAUCGAAAAAUGAGCUUGAUUUUAUUGGAACAAUUACUGAGAACGAUAAAAUAGAAAUAGAGCCAGAGAGUUCAGAAAGUGAAGAGGAGGAAAAUGUAGCAAAAACAGCAAAGAAAAAAAAGCCAAACCACACUGAAUUUAAUAUAUCAUUUCAGUUUAAUGAUCAGUUGGAUCCUUACCAAAAUAUUUCAUUUGAUGACAUAAUUCUCAAAGCUAAACGGAAGAAACACAUUUCAGCUCUAGAUGAUAAAAUAGCAGAUGUGAGAAAGAAAAGAAAAAGAGAGAAAGCUGGAGAUAAUAAUGGCAUUAAUGAAGAUGAACUAAAUGUUGAUCCCAAUGAAGAAGAGUCAUCAUCUGGAGAGGAAAUGGCCACAGAUGUUAUACGAACAAAAGAGAAAAGAAAGAGAAAGAAGAUGAAAGUUGAAGAAGAGAUUAUGGAGUUUUCAGAAUGUAUUGAUACCUAUGAUGAGAAUAUGGGUUUUGCAGACAUGAAUGUAACAAGACCUUUAAUGAAGGCAUUAAGUGUAAUGAAUUUCGAAAAACCAACACCUAUACAGGCAGCCACCAUACCUAAAGCUCUGAUGGGUAAAGAUCUAUGUGCUUGUGCGGUGACUGGGUCAGGUAAAACUGUGGCCUUUAUGUUACCCAUAAUGGAGAGGUUGCUAUACAAACCUAAAAAUUCUUCUGUAUCUCGAGUUUUAAUACUGGUACCCACAAGAGAAUUAGCUGUUCAAGUCCAUACUGUAGGGAGAAAGUUGGCACAGUUUAGUACAAUAGAACUGUGUUUAGCUGUUGGUGGAUUGGAUUUAAAAUCUCAGGAAGCAGCGUUAAGAUUAGGACCAGAUAUAGUUAUAGCUACACCUGGUAGAUUAAUAGAUCAUCUACACAAUUCACCUGGUUUUAGCCUUGGGUCUAUAGAAAUAUUAGUACUAGAUGAAGCGGAUAGAAUGUUAGAUGAAUAUUUUGCGGAACAGAUGCACGAAAUUAUAAAAAUGUGUUCUUAUCAGAGACAAACUAUGUUGUUUUCGGCUACUAUGACAGAAGGUGUUCAAGAACUUGCAGCCGUAUCAUUAAAGAAUCCUGUAAAGAUAUUUAUGAAUGAAGCGACUGAUGUAGCUAUGGGAUUACGUCAGGAGUUUAUUAGAAUUAGACCAAACAGAGAAGGGGAUAGAGAAGCUAUUGUAGCUGCUUUAGUUAGUAGAACAUUCUGUGAUAGAUGUUUAGUGUUUAUACAGACUAGAGCUCAAGCCCAUAGAAUGCAUAUUCUACUAGGACUAUUUGGUGUUAAUGUUGGAGAGCUACAUGGGAGGCUUUCACAGGCAGAGAGAUUGGAAUCAUUAAAGAAAUUUCAAGAUGGUCUAGUAGAUGUUAUGUUAGCUACAGAUUUAGCAGCUAGAGGGUUAGAUAUAAAAGAAGUCAAAACAGUAAUAAAUUUCACGAUGCCAAACACAACCAAACAUUAUAUACACAGAGUUGGAAGAACUGCUAGAGCUGGUAAAAGUGGAAGGUCUGUGACAUUAGUCGGAGAGAAAGAGCGUAAAAUGUUGAAAGAAGUUGUUAAGAAAGCUGUUACACCCUUGAAAGUUAGAAUAGUUCCACAAGAGGUCAUAUCUAAAUACCGUGAUGAAAUAGCCAGUAUGGAAGGAGAUAUUUCACAAAUUAUGUUGGAACAACAGGAAGAAAAAGAGUUGAAAGCCACAGAGAAGAAAGUGAACAAAGCUGAAGACAGAUUACAGAAACAGGAUGAUCUAACAGGAAUGAGUCGCACUUGGUUUCAAACACAUCAAGAAAGACGUCAAGAAAAGAAGGGUCUAAGACGUGGUGAGAAACCAGAUUUUAAAUCAAAAUCAAAAGAUAAAGUAAAAAAGUUCAAAACGCCUGAAGAAAGAGUGGAAAAAGAAAUGAAAACAGCUCAGCUGUAUGGUAAUAGAGUCAGUAAGAAAAAUUUUAAACAGACAAGAAUGAGAGCUUAUGGUGAAACGAAGGAAAAAUCAGAUAAACUUAAUCGAAUUUCUAAGAAUAAACAGAAGAAACUAGUAAAAUCUUCAGAAAAGAAAUUUUUUGACAAAGAACUCACAAGUACAGAUAAACCAGCAUUAAAGAAAUUUAGAAAAGGACCCUCAUAUCAGGAAAGAAAAGACAUGGGUUUAGUCGGCAAAAAGAGCACACCAAAUAAGUUUCUGAAAAAUGGAGGUGGUAAAAAUAUGAAAGCAAAGGGUAAAGGCAGAAGAUAGUAUUGUUUAUAUGUAAAUAAAGAAUAAAAAAAUUGAAGUUGAA